AGAGACAAAUUGUGUAAAAAAUGUUACAGUGGAUCGGCGAGUCAUCAAUUAUCGGCAACCGCUUUAUUGGGUAGCCCGGAUGGCUCGAGACAUCCUCUCGAUGUUUGCGAAUUCGCGGAAGAGGAUUAUCGUCAUCAAAAUGGUAGCGGGAAUGGUCAUUAUCAACAUAACAGGCCGGGUACUGGUUUAUGGGAGUGUCUCGUAGGAUGCAGGUGGAGAUUGGAUCAACAAUUAGCUCGUCGAAGGGUAGAGCAAGGAUUGAAAUUGUAUCGUGCUCACAAACAGCAAGCAGCCGUAAGAAAAUGGAGAGGUGCAUUGAAAAGUAUUCGUCAACGCGAGGACAAAUUCGCCCUUUUGGGUUACCUAUAUCAAGCCUAUAUGGAUUGGGGAAAGUACAGAGACAGCAUCGACUUUGGUCACAGACAACUUUGCAUCUCCGAAGAACUGGAUUCGCCUAACAUGCGAGCAGAGGCUUAUUUGAAUUUGGCCAGAGCCCACGAGAGAUUAGGUGCAUUGGACAGAGCUUUGGAAUAUGCGAGACACAGCUUGUAUAACGAGUGCGAUCAGUGUGCCACUGCUGGAUUAGUUCACUUAACCGUAGGCAGAGUCCACUUAGAACUAGCAGGAUUCACUAAAGCCUUGGAGGCCUUUCAAAGAGCUCACAAAAUCGCCCACUCCAUUCAAGAUCCUUCCUUAGAAUUACAGGUAUACGUCGGAUUGUCGGAACUGUUCUGCAGAUUACAGGAUACCGAAAAAAGUGCUAGAUACGCUGCCAGAGCAUACGAUCUCUCGCGAAGUUUACAACUUGGCGAUUUGAAUUCGCGACAUCACAGAGCUGCCCUAUUACAAAUGGCAGCAGCAUUGAGAAAAAAGGGCGAAUUGGGUGACGCUCAUGACUAUUGUUCGGAAGCAACACGACUGUCGCUAGUUUCUGGCGACCAAGCUAGCUACGCUAGAAGUAUACGAAUAAUGGGUGACAUUUAUCGAAAAAAAUCCCAUAUAAAUAAGGCGUUUCGCCAGUACGAAAGCGCCAUGGGAUCUGCCGCAGCUACCGGUGAUCGGCUUUGCCAAAUGGAAGCGAUGGAUGGGGUGGCUAGAUGUUUCGAGGCUCUCAGGUUGCAGCACGAGAUAUGCAACUGUCGGCCCCUAGAAUUCAAUACUCGGCUUCUCGAAGUAGCUGGAUCCGUCGGUGCUAAGCUGUUAGUUAGGACCGUAAGAUCAAGGCUAUCGCGGAUUUACGGUUCCUUGGGGGACGAAGAACAAAAAGGACAUCACGAGAGACUAGCCGCUGCUAUGGAAGAAGAUUUAGAAUUACGUUGCGGCGGUUGCAACGAACCGUACGGCUUGGAAGCCGAUUCCCUCGAGGCAUUACCUUGUUCUCACAUAUUACACGCCAGGUGCGCGUACGACAUUCUCAAGAGACGCGACAAGAAAAAGAAACGUCUCUGUCCGGAUUGUCAUAAAUCUGUCAGUUCACGACUGUACCUGCAUUGCGAGGAUCCGCACGGCAUGAAUACCUUAAAUCAUAGUUCCUUGAGUCUGGCAUCAUUGAGGGCCAGCAGCCUAGCGACAUUGGAGGAUUGUCACGCCACGAGUAGCGUUUAAACAAACAAAAAUAUUUGACGCAUUAUAUUCGUUUCGAUCAUUCGAUUCGCGCGCUAAUACUCGUAUAUACGUGGGUGCCACAAGAUCGUGCGCCAAUUUAUCGUAAACGAACUUAACAAACAAACAAACAAACAAACAAAAAUAGGAAAAAUGAAAAACAGCAUAACAAAAAAA